AAAAAGUGUUCCGGUCUCUCAGGUGUCCCGGUGCUUCAGCCGCCUUACUCUAGUGGCAGGCAGUGUACAGCUAUAAAUAGGGUGCUCCCGCCCUUCGCUUUCAGAAAUCAAGCCGCUCCCGUCAGAGCUGCUUCCGCUUCCUCUGCUCUGAACCGCUGCACCUUACUAAUAGCUCGGUUAGCUGCUCUACAUCUAUAUACUUGUCAGGCCUUUCCUGGCCCUCCUCUGCUUCUAUAUACCGUUAAUCACUCCUCUUCGCUAUGUGUAUUUGAGUACUGUGGAUGGGACUGACCGGAAUUGCUCCAGGAGUCCAGUCCGUAGGAUUAGGACAAGUGAAAUACUAGAGACGGCUUUCAUUUCUAGCAACGAUUCAUCAACUAUGGGAACUAGCGGCAUCCUCGGCUUUCGCAAGAAAGACCAACGCAAAGGUUCUUAUAACCACUAUGACUCUUACGACCUCGCCUUCGAUGUCGCCAAAUUUCUCGCCCAAACUAGCCUGGCAGAGCUUGCUCACCUUGCCAAACUUGUUGACAAGCUUACCUGGGUCGAUGUACAUCAAUCUCCAGUGGCAACAGAGCUAGUCGAAAUCUACGAGCGAUACGGGUACAACUACGAGAACUUCGGCGGCAGAACCCGCGGUCACAGCAGCUGGGGCGACGUACUGUACACAACACAGGGCACCGCAGCGCUGUUCGAAAUCUUGGAUGGGAAGUUGAAGCACCUGACUGACCAAACCGGCUUUCUCGACCGUUUUGGAUGCGAGUGGGCCUACUUCAUUGAUUUUGAGCUUCGGCAAGUGGAGAUCUGGGCUUACCGUCAGGGGUUUGCGCUCGUCUCGUUCGACGGCCUUGUCGAGGCCUACCGCAAGUAUGAAACCAGCACCGAGCGUUACAGGUUCUUCAAUGUGUUUCUGAAGAAAGCGUUUGCGAUCGGCAAUUUUGGAUCGGAUUAUGAACUAGAGGAUGAUGACCUGCAGCUCCGGAACGUCGAGGUCAAGAAGGGACGGGAAAUAAUCAAGGAUGAAGCGGAGACAGCUGGACUAGAUUCUAAACAACCUAGCCCAGAGAUCGAGAUCAGGAGGGUUACAUACCCUUGUGCAUCAGCCUGUCUUAUGUCUUUGCCCAUAGAGCUUCACCACCAGAUCAUCCGGCAUCUUAACACCGACUCAAUCGAGGACUUGCCGGCUCUGUAUGAUGAUGCCAAAGCCAGCGUCGAAGCUCAGUGGGCAUUGAAGCGCGCCUGCAAGCACUUCUGGCACCUGCCAGAGCUCAUUGCCCCAUCCGACUUCUUUGACCGCCAUUCUCUACUUCCUACUGUCAAGAGGCGUCACCGCCAGCGUCUCAUCAUCGCCGCACUUGCUCCGGAGGGCUUCCCAGGCGCCUGCUUUCCUUGCUACAAAUGCCGCAAGUUCCUCACACUGGAUAAUCUCUACCCUUUAUGGGGCGGAAAGUUCUACUUCUGGGACGGGGAAUAUCUUUCGUGCUGCACACCCUGCUUGACGGAACUAGCGAACGAUGUCGAGGGAAAGGCUAUCAAGGAACUGUUGCAUGCUAAGUGGGGGAGUGCUGGGGAAGAUGAGGAUAGGAGGUAUUGGAGACUUAGACAGACGUUGGAGAGGGUACGGAGUUUGAUGAGCUUGGAAGUUCAGCAGAGGCUUGUGGAGGCAGGAGUUCUUCAGCGGGUCAUUUGACGUUGUCGAAUUCUUGUUGGAUAUCAACCAUCCUCUAGUUACCUCAGCAAGCUCAGGCCAUUGUGGUAGUGCCUGAGGCAACGAACCGCGCUAUACCUAAUUGGUAUGGUUCUCUACCAAAUAGCCUGAGGAUCCUGUCAUUGAU